UGCCUGUGUGGCGUGAGCUACCUGCCAUAUUGGCCCUUACCUGUGUAUGUAAUGUCUCUCAUCGAGUCUUACAUCCGAGCAGAGGAACGAGUACGCCAGGCUUCGUCUAGAUUUGGCAGCGUGGUGGGGGAAACCCACGGUCGGUCGGUGACAGUCGUGGUUGCUGCUGCCGACAACGACGGCCCUUGUGGUCUCAGUGCCGCUGAUCUUGCAUCGUUCGAAAGCGAGAAAACAAGAGAUAAGCUGAAGCUUAAGGCAGAUCACGUUGCAAAGUUCCACCGAAAGGUGGUCAGACGCCUAGCUACAGAAAAGCGCGCCGCACAUGCCCACACUCGUGGUGGAAGGGCUGUAAAAGCACAAAUAGGUUCCGCCGACAGUUUUGCGAAUUUCGGGGAUCGGUUGGAACCUCGUGGACUUGCGCCUAGGGAGGCACAAGGCACACCGAGGGAACACACCUUGCCACGGGAUGAGGCACCAAAUUUCCAAGCUAUCAAGGUCAUCGGAGUGCGCGGACACAAGGGCAGCCUGGCGGAUGCUGAUACUGAAUCAAGGAUGGCCCUAGCGGCCUAUCGCCAGUGUUGAAAGGCCACCACGUCAUGUGGACAGUUGUAGAUACACACAUUUUUUGUACAUGGUUUUUCACAACGAAGAUUGAGAUUUGGAAAUGUAGGUAUCACCACGCUUUGGUGAAAGGACUUGGCUUCGGUGUAGCUAUGACCUACUUUACUUUUGUCGGGCCAACGCGUAUGAUUGUUGCAUGUUGUUGACAUGCCUCGUCCAGGGACUUCCUAUCGUAUCGGGUACAUAACAGAUGGACACCAUGGUUUGUUGAAAUUCGGUGGUUCGAGACCCGCUUAACUGCCGCAAAGCUUGCUGCUCGUUGGCUCCCCUAUUCGAACUGAUUAUGUUUUGCCGGUAGAGAGGCCUGUAGAAUAGAGUUAAUGUUUUAGGUAUCAGGCACCCCGGACGUGCGGCACACAGUGAGGUGUACGUUUAGUUUUGUCGAGCUUUUCGAGCUUUUGGGCACACGUACAUGUAAGAUGGACGGACGCAGAUACACAACGACGCAUGUAUACGCGUGCUAGUUGAUGGUGUUGUGUCUUUUACGUUGUCAGCGAUUAAUUUCCAAGUUGGAUUCGUUCAAGAACCUCGAGAGGGUCUUGGGUCCAGCUGUUCGCAGGACAACAACCGUCUUUCUCGGUAUUCCCUACAACGACUGACUUUUGUAUAUAUAUCGUGCUCCACGUUUUUGCAUCUUUUCACUGGACCGUCGUCGUAUGUCAUUAGCAUCCUUUGGGCUGCUACCGAUGGCGGCGCAACAGUUGGAAUGUUGGAUAUAGCAUACAAUCGGGGAAGUUGUCAGUAACUUGUGCCCCGUCAGUCAUUAGUGAAUACAGUUUGAGUCCAAAGCGCUACAGAAGUGGCAUACAUACAGCGUAUUAGUAGACAAACACAGCCGUUAUUAGUGUGGACAG